GCAUUUGCUAAUUACAAAUUGCAAUUUGGUUCAACACCGUAGAGCUUCGCUGAAUCUUCGCGAGCAUUCCAAGUUCGAUCGCCGAAAGCCUUUCUCUCUUCCCCGCCACGUGACCUCUCUGAUCUCUCAGCUGUUGUAUUUCGAUUCCUUCCCUCCCUUCAUCUAUUCUUUCGGUUCUAAUUUCCCUUCCGAACAGACACGACCGCCGAUCUUUAAAGACCCAAUUCCUUUGGAUGACUCUUCCUCUUCGAGAAUUCCCGAAACAUUCUCCCGUAAUUAAAGAUUUUGGCAAGAAUUCAUGGGGAGUUACAGAAGAGCAAAGCAAGCAAUAGAUGCUUUACGCAAGAACUUUACUCCAAACAUCAUACGGAAAUCGACUGUCUGCAACUCUUGUCCGAGAGUCCGUGGAAAUGAGUCCGCAAUUUCUGCUGCAAACCGAGCUAAGUUUUCUGGGUUUUCUUCCUUUCCCUUUAUUUCUUCACAAAGGCUGGGUUUCUAUGCUGGUACUAGUAGAAAUCUUUAUGACCCGUUCCAAAAUGGAGCCAAGAGAUUCUAUUAUGUUGAUCGGUACCGCGUUCAGCACUUCAAGCCGCGGGGACCGAGACGGUGGUUCCAGAAUCCCAGAACUGUAAUCACCGUUGUAUUGAUUGGCUCCGGGAUCUUGAUCACCAUUUACUAUGGGAAUUUAGAGAGUGUUCCUUACACGAAACGCACUCAUUUCGUGCUUUUGUCGAAAGAGAUGGAGAGAAAGAUUGGGGAGGCGCAGUUUGACCAAAUAAAAUCGGCUUAUAAGGGUAAGAUCCUGCCUGCAAUGCACCCAGAAAGCGUGAGGAUUAGAUUGAUAGCUAAGGAUAUAAUUGAGGCGUUAAAGAGAGGGCUAAGGCAUGAGCAAGGGUGGAGGGAUUUGGGUUAUGCAUCUUCGGAGAGUUCUAUGGCACAUGAUGAGGGUUCAUUUGACACAUUGUUGGCGUUGAAUAGGAGUGGUGAAGGGAAAAUUGAAACAAAAUGGCGCCCGGAAGAUGAGAUUCUUAAUGAUGAGUGGGUUCAGCAGAGUAGGAAGAAGGGUCAGGAGACUGGGUCCAAAUCUGCAACCUCUCAUUUGGAGGGGUUGAAUUGGGAAAUUUUAGUGGUUAAUGAACCUAUUGUUAAUGCUUUUUGCUUGCCGGGUGGAAAGAUUGUUGUGUUUACAGGGUUGCUAAAUCAUUUUAGAAGUGAUGCUGAGAUAGCUACAGUAAUUUCUCAUGAGGUUGGUCAUGCUGUGGCUCGACAUGCAGCUGAAAUGAUUACCAAGAAUUUGUGGUUUGCUAUUCUGCAGCUGGUUCUUUAUCAAUUCUUUAUGCCUGAUCUUGUCAACACAAUGUCAACUCUCCUCUUGAGGCUUCCUUUCUCACGAAGGAUGGAAAUGGAAGCAGAUUACGUAGGGCUGCUGUUAAUGGCUUCUGCAGGCUACGACCCUCGAGUGGCACCCAAAGUGUAUGAAACAUUGGGAAAGAUUGGAGGUGAUUCAGCACUGAAAGAUUAUCUAUCCACUCAUCCAUCAGGAAAGAAAAGAGCUAUGUUGUUAGCCGAGGCUAAAAUCAUGGAAGAAGCACUCUUGAUUUACAGAGAGUCGAUAUCUGGGCGUGGCAUUGAAGGUUUUCUUUAGAGCUGUACAGCUCCAUAAUCAAUCUACUCCAAUUUUAGGGCAUUCACUUACUAACCCACCAUCUUUCUGCCUCUUUUUUGAGAGAAUUGUUGUUCAUCACUGCAAAAGUUGUACGUUUGUAUGCAAUUACAUAUUCUUUAUAGAAGUUUUUUCUUUUCA